AGGCACCCAAAUCGCUGCUCCUGCUGCUAUUGGCGGAGGAUUUCGCCGAGCCACAGGGAAAGGGAGGCUGCCCUUCCAACGAACGCCUCCUCCGAGUCAUCGUAUCCCUUAAGCUCUGCCCCAUCUUCCUCUUCUUCCUUUCUAGGCCUCCCUACCCUAGACAGACUGUCCAUCAGAGGUGCGAUUCCCCAGCAUGGCAGAUCCUUCCGAAAAGACGUUGCCUGUUACAUGGCAGAUCCACAGGCAAAGUGCCUUGCAGAACAUAGUAGACGAGCCCGUGGAGCUAAGAGACGCUUAUUCGUGUCUGGUGGUUGACGCAGCUGGGAAAGAGAUGCCUUUCGGGGCCCUCUACGAGCAACAGAAGACUAUCCUGGUGUUCGUGCGGCAUUUCUUGUGUUAUGCCUGUAAGGAAUAUGUGGAAGAUCUGGGGAAAAUUUCCAAAGAUUUUUUACAAGAUGCAAAUGUAAGACUUGUGGUUAUUGGACAAUCAUCACAUCACCAUAUUAAGCCGUUUUGUAAUUUGACAGGUUAUCCCCAUGAAAUGUUUGUAGAUCCUGAAAGGAAAAUUUAUAGAGCUCUUGGCAUGAAAAGAGGGGAAACAUCCAUCACAUCAGUACAAAGUCCUCAUGUCAAAUCCAAUUUGCUAUCAGGAAGCAUUAAGAGCAUGUGGAGAGCCAUGGCUAGCCCUGCAUUUGAUUUCCAAGGAGAUCCAGCUCAGCAGGGAGGGACUUUGAUUUUAGGUCCAGGUAAUGAAAUCCACUUUGUGUACCUUGACAGGAAUAGGUUGGAUCAUGUUCCCAUUAAUGCAGUUCUACAGCUUGCAGGAGUUCAAACAGUAGACUUUACAAACAGAUUUCAUAUUAUUGAUGUAUGACUUGUCGGAACAAGAAUUUCCUGGAUCGUCAGCUAAAUUGGAUGUACAACAAAAAUGUAUUUGACCAAUACUGUUAUUUCUCAAACUGGAAAAUCAUUGGCUAUGGAGUGAGGUGGUUUCUAAUAGCUGAAGAAAGACUUCACAUUUGUGCAUUCAAGGAACCAGUGUUGAAUAGCAAAUUGUAUGUUCAAGUCUGCUGGACCCAAAAGGUUUUAUAUGUUACUUUAACUGUUUCCAAAGACUUCUUAUUUAAAACAAAAUCACAAAAGCAAUAUAAUAAUCAGUAAAUGUUAUGGCUGUUUCUAGUAUUCUCUCUCUCUAUAUCAUGUUUUAGCAGUGUCAUGCUAUGCUGUAAUAAAUAAACAGAAUGCUGGGAAUGCAUGUUUAGAAGUGUCAUGCUAUGAUGUAAUAAAUAAACAGAAUGCAGGGAA